AAGUCAUCUAGUACUUCGAUUGUAUCCAGUGCUAUGAUGUGGGGACCUGGAGCGGUCCGCCAAUUUGACAGACGAAGCUUGAUGGGACAAAGAAUUCUUGUUGAAUCAUUAGAUCUAAUUGAUCCCAUUAUAAUGAUGCAAAGUUAUACCCACUUCCCAAUUGAUAAAGAAUUGGAAGUGCCCUUGAGUUUAACAGAAACUACAUCUUGCUUAAAAAGUGGUUUAAUCGAAGAUUCUUUUAAAUGGGAACAAGAUUUACCAGUAUACGAUCCAUCAUAUUUCUUACCAUUAUUUUCAAAUUUGUUAUCAUAUGGAAAUUUAUUGGAUGUCAGAAGAUUCAUUGAAAUCAAUGCGUUAGGAUUUAUUGUCGUUUCAUUAUCAUCUACUGUAGAAAAUAAUUCAAUUGUGGAUCGUGAUAAUGAAAAUAAGCCACUUCAACGAAUUCCUACAAUUAUCUCAGUAUUUAUUGCACAUGCAUUAAACGUUUUCACAAAUCCUGCCCAUUUCAUGUAUCCGAUGAUUAAUAGGUUUUUGUUACAAAGACCAAUAUUGGAUUUAGAGGAUGUGCCGAUGUUUUAUAGUCUAUUUCAUACGUCUUCCAAGAAUUAUCAAAAAGAAAGAGUAUGGAUUCUGAGACUUUUGUCCGCUGGAUUAAAAACUCAUGAAGAUUAUAAGAUCUUUAGAAGGAGAUAUGUAUGGGAUGUUAUUUCUAGUUAUUAUAAUUCACCUCUUGCUGACAAUAUUAGUCGUAAACUUAUCAUUGAGAUAUUAUUCCAAUCAGCAUCCAUUCCACAAGCUAUCACUGACAUGGUCAAAAACAGAGGACUUUUAACGUGGUUACAACAUUUAUGUUUUGCAUUGCCACAUUCUCCAUUGGUGAAUGAACCAACAUUUUUUGGAAUACGAAUACUACUCCGGGUAUUACAAGGUUGUAAGAAUUCGACAUUGCAAUGGUCAAAAGGUGUUCUGAUAGAUCAAGCCAUAAUGAUUGUGACUAGUGUGUUAAAAUUCUUCGACCCAUAUACAGUGAAAGAAGAGACAACUUUGUGGACACUUAAUUACCUUAACGCAAUUAUUAGAACUUUUCACUACCUUAUGUUAAUUUCAUCGACUCCUAAUCGGAUUUUCACAUCGUAUCAUAUAUCGUGUAUUUUAUCACUACUUGAAAAAUGUGAAAUACAUCUCAAAUCCAAACUUAACAUCGAUGAAUCACCAAGCCUCCCCAUAAAUAUAGUUCAUAAUUUAUAUCCUUCACUAGCAGAUCAUUUAGAAGGACUAUACAUACUUGAUUCUAAUUUAAUCAGAAUUUAUAAACAAAUUAUCAGAAUGUUGUUUGAAAUGGUGGUUAGCAGUGACGGAAAUGAUAUAGAAAUAGUGAAUAAGAUUGUAUAUAGAGCAUUAUUUAUGGGUGUUUCAACUGAGGCGAGG